CCCGGACCCCGACCCCGAUCUUUAACCCUUCCUUGGAAACAGGUUAACAUUGACAGGUCUAUAUCAAGCUUGACUCCCGGCUUCGAUCUCUUCCUGCAUCUACACUAGAAACAUAGUCUCCAAAUCAAGCAACAGAAGCAAACACCACUUCUCCUACUGUCACAAACCGCAAUAGCCUACCAACAGCCACAUCUUCUAGGUUUUUCCAGACAAAAACAACAAAAAUGUGUUGUCGAAGACGCCGCGCAGCCCGCCAAGCCUGGCUCGAACAACGCGCCCUCGCAGGCGGUCCCCGCGGCUGCGGUGGUGGCCCCCGCCACUUCGGCCCCGGCCCCGGAGGCCCACCCUUCCGCCCGCCCUGGGCAUCAGGGGGCGGCUACGGCGGAGGCGGCGGCGGUGGGCCCCCCUUUGGCAGAUGGCGCGCCAUCCCACAAGACAACGUCCCCCAAGACCCCUUUCGAGAUCCUCCCGCCGCUCCCCGAAACGACCCAGCUACCAGAGACCCGGAAAAGGGCGGCGCCCUCGAAAUGAACGUCAAGGACGUGGAGAAGAGCACGCCCGCUCCCGUCCCUGCUCCAGUUCCAGAGGGCGACUCGAAGAGGGUGUCGUUCAUGUCUGGUCCGUUUUCGCGGUGGAGGGAGUCCGUGAGGAGCGGUGGUGGUGACGUGAGGAGGUCGUCUUCGAAUGCGACGUUGCCUCCUAGGUAUACCUCUGGCGUCCCCGAGGCGCCGCCGUACUGGAGCGGUGAGCAGGCGGGGGAUAGACGGUCCUUGCCGCCGAACUACGAUGUGGCAAUUAAGAACUGA